CCCCGGCCCGGCCGCGGCGGCGGGGGCGCGGGGGGGCCGCGGCGCGGGCGGCAGCAUGGUGGAGAAGCGCUGCCCGCUGCAGAGGGACGGCGUGUACCGCUGGUUCGCCGAGCUGCCGUCGCCGCAGCGCGUGGAGUUCCUGUGCGGGCUGCUGGACCUGUGCAUCCCGCUCGAGCUGCGCUUCCUGGGCUCGUGCCUCGAGGACCUGGCGCGCAAGGACUACCACUCGCUGCGCGACUCGGAGAUCAAGGCCAACAACCCCGCCGACCUGGGCAGCCUCACCAACCUCACGGACGAGGUGGUGCGCAGCAAGCUGCUGGUGUCGCUGGCGCUGCUGGGCUCGGAGCAGCGCGAGGCGGCGGGCGUGCUGUACCGCACGCUCACGCACAUCGACUCCAUCAUCCACAACUACGGGCUGCAGCUCAACGAGGGCCGCACGGGCGAUGAGUUCCUGCUGCUCUUCACCAUGGCCUCCAACCACCCGGCCUUCAGCUUCCACCAGAAGCAGGUGCUGCGCCAGGAGCUCACGCAGAUCCAGAGCAGCCUGAGCGGCGGCGGCGGCGGCGGCCCGGCCAAGGGCGCGCUGCCCACCUGCCCGGCCUGCCACAAGGUCGCCCCGAGAAGUGAGGCCCCCAGCAGCAGCGGGAGCAGCAGCUUGGAGAAGGCGCUGCCCACGUCGGCACAUUCCACGGAGGAGGCCCUGCCCAAGAGGCCGGGCAGCAAGCACAGCAAAGCGAGUGUUGAAAAGAUAGACCUGAAGGGACUAUCCCACACAAAAAAUGAAAGGAAUGUUGAGUGUUCCUUCGAGGUCUUGUGGUCUGAUUCCUCAGUGACGUCAGUAACCAAGUCUUCUUCUGAAGUGACCGAAUUUAUCUCAAAGCUCUCACAGCUGCACCCUGAGGACAGCCUGGAGAAGUUCACCCCCUGCGUGGCUGGCGCGGACUCUUUCUACGGAGGGCGCAACCACACGGACCUGGAGGCGGAUCUGAGGUGUCUGACCUCACUCCCCGCCCACGUCCUGCGGAACGAGCACGCCAGGGGCUUCUUUAGCACCUCGUCUCCCGCCCAACAGCUUCAAAGUCCAAGCCCCAGCACCCCAGCCCUCGCGAAAGUUGGCACCACCGUGGGCACGUCUGGGAGGCCCGUGUGUGGAGUGGCGGGGAUCCCGUCGGCCCAGAGCAGCGCCCAGCAUCACCUGCAGCACACGGCCAGCGCCGCCGCCGUGCCACACUGCUCACACUCGGGGGCGCCUGGCGCGGCGCUGGCUUACCGUGCGCAGAUGGACCCCUCGCCCGCGCUCCUCAUGCCUUCUGGCCUGCAGCCCGCCCCACCCCAGGAGCAGAACGGGAUCUUAGACUGGCUGAGGAAGCUGCGUCUGCACAAGUACUACCCGGUCUUCAAGCAGCUCACGAUGGAGAAGUUUCUGAGCCUCACUGAGGAAGAUCUGAACAAAUUUGAAUCCCUCACCAUGGGGGCAAAGAAAAAGCUCAAGACUCAGCUGGAGCUGGAGAAGGAGAAGUCGGAGAAGCGGUGCCUGAACCCCUCGACGGCGCCCCCAGUCAGCAGCGGCGUGGCCCGGGUGCCCCCCACCAGCCACGUGGGCCCCGUGCAGGCUGUGCGGGGGGGCAGCCCCGCUGCCGCGCUGCGGGUGGAGGUGGAGCCGCCCCCUCACCAGGCCGCCCGGGAAGGCAGCUCGUCUGAGUGCUCCAGCUCCUCCCCAAGCCCCAUGGGGGUGCAGGCCCGGGAAGAGAGCUCCGAUAGCGCUGAGGAGAACGAAAGACGUGUGGAGCUUCCCCUGGAGGGCGCCUGCGACAAGGAGAAGCCCGUGACGCUGCUCAGCCACUUCGCUGCGCCCUCCACCAGGCCCACGGCCCAGGUCCUCCCGGUGCAGAACGAGGCGAGCUCCAACCCACCGGCCCACCCGCCCCUGGCCCCGCCGCUGCUGCCCGCAGCCCCCCACCUGACGCCCCUGCGCAUGCUGAGCUCCGUGCACAAGGCCGAGCGGGGCAGCGCCGACACGCAGCUCCUCCCGGCCUCGGUGCACUCGCUGCUGGCCCUCGAGGACAGGGGCAAGGUCUCGGGACCGAGGAGCGGCCUGAAAGUGGACAAGAGCUUCGGCAGUGCCGUGCUGGACGUGCUGCCCACGGCUGCCUCCCACCAGCCCGUGCAGGUCCUCUCCGGACUCGCUGAGGGCAGCUCUGUGCCCGCCACCAUCUCCUUUGGACCCCGGGCCAAGGUCAUGCCCGCUGCUGCCCUGGACAGAGUGCUGAAGCCCGCAGCACCGCCUGUCCUGGGCACAGAGACCAGCAGCGCAGCCUCGGGGACCGCCAGUGCUGUCUUCCACGUGGCCCGGCCACCUGUCAAGCUGCUGGUGUCGGCCUCUGUGCCCGCCGAGUCUGCGCCCUCGAACAGCGUGCAGAUAAGCGUGCCCCCGGCCAUUGUCCCCCCGCGGACGGCUCUGUACACGGCCAGCACCAAAGCUGCUUUCCCUGCCAUGGGCCCCCUGCAGGGCAGCUUCUGCACGGGCAGCGGCUCCGCAGCCCCCAGCAGCCACGCCCCGGCCUCCUUCUCCAGCAUGGCCGCGGCGCCCAGCUGCCCGGCGCCCAGCUCCAGCCCUGCGCUCUCCUCUGCCCCCGACAGCAGCUUCUACAGCGGCGGCAGCGGCUCCCCCGGGAACAUUCCUGCCUCCAGCCAGGGCCAUCACCACCACCAUGCGCCUGCCCCGCAGCAGCCCGCGCCCGCCCCGCCGCCCGGCUGCGUGGUCUGUACCUCCUGCGGCUGCAGCGGGAGCUGUGGGUCCAGCGGCCUGACCGUCAGCUACGCCAACUACUUCCAGCACCCCUUCUCCGGGCCCUCGGUCUUCCCCUUCCCCUUCCUGCCCUUCAGCCCUGUGUGUGGUGGCGGCUAUGUGGGUGCGCAGCAGUACGGCAGUGGCGCCUUCCCGGCCGUGCACUCGCCCUACGGUGGCGGCGUGGCGCCCGAGCCGGUGCUGGGGGGCCAGUCGUCCUUCGCGGUGCCGCCCAUGCGCAGCUUCCUGGGGGCGGGCAUGUACCAGGCCCAGGGACUGGUGGGCACCAGCAACGGCUCUGGCCACAAAAAGAGCGGGAACCUGUCGUGUUACAACUGUGGGGCCACAGGCCACCGCGCGCAUGACUGCAAGCAGCCGUCCAUGGACUUCAACCGGCAAGGUACUUUCAGGUUGAAAUACGCGCCUCCAGCCGAGAGUCUGGACUCCACAGACUGACGCUUCCGCGGGCAGCAGAACACUCCUGAGCCGUGGGGACACGAGGAAGGUCGAGCACAGCCCUGAGGGUGCUGCCUCACGCUUCCUCUUCUUAUCCCAAAGGUGCUUCACUUCACUGGACUGGCUGGAGGCCUGGCACGGGCGAGCGUCCUGCUGGGCACUGCCAGCCCCUGGCCGGAGCUGGACGGCAGGACUCGCCCAGCGGGUGGGCUCCACAGCCCCAGGCUCACGCAGUUCCAGGGCAGCUACGAGGCGGGCUCGGGGCUGAAGGGGGGAGACCUCCCAGGCCCGCUCCGCUCAGGGACGGCGCCGUCUCGGUUCCGUCUUAUUCCGAAGGUGGUGGGCUCUCGGGGGCGCGCUGAAGUCUGUAGACCCCUGCCAGUCUCUGCAGCGCGAGCACUCAGAGAACCCCUUUUUAAAGAGUCGGCACCAGCAGGCGAUGUGUCCUAGUCCAGCAGACACUUAGGGCCCCCCCGCCCUCCCCAGAAGCACUAGCAGCAGUUCCAGUUGGAAGACGUUUCUCUGCCAACACAGCCCAACCCCAGCGUUCAGUAGACACAUCUGCUCGCAGCACCUGGAUUUCUAAGGGUCCAAGUCAGAGUCCCGCGUCCUCAGACCUCGGGGUCACCGGGGCCCUCAAGGGUGCGACGCGGCUCGUCCUCCUCAGCAGAGUGGGCUUGUGCCCUCACCCCCGAGGACCUCCAGGACUCUUGCCAGUCACCCAGACGGAUGCUUGGACACUGUCCACUGCAGUAGGAGGGGCGUUCUCCCGGCAGCUUCUCUGAGGCUGUGAAGAACUGUCCCGCCUCAAGGACCAGGAAAGCUCUGCAGGAGGUGCUCAGGCCCGGCCGGAGGCCACCCGGGCAGGGCAGCCCCUGGCAAGUCGGGCUCGGCACACGUGCUCCCCGGCUCCAGACCCCGCGGCCGCAGGGAGAGCCGCGAGGUCCGGAACGGGGCUUCCGUCUCCAAGGCUAAAGGGAAUUUUCCUGGUCAAAUAAUGUUCCUUUAGAUGCUAAAAGCCUUCGAUAUUAAAAUACUGACUGGGAAGACCUGCCCAGGGAUUUUUCUAGUUGAAUGCUUAGAAAAAGAAAGUCACGGUUCAGAAUCUUCUUCAGUGGGACAAUCAGCCUCCUGCCUGCUGUGCCUCGGGCCUGCGGUGGGCCUGGGCCGGCCUGGCGGGACGAAGCAGAAACUGGUUGCUUUUGCAAAAGGCUUUUAGUGGAGUGUUUUCAUUUUCUUUCAGUCCUUUUAUUUCUAUGCAAUACAGCGGUGGCGGGCCUGUGUCUCUGGCUUCCCCGACACGGUGUCAGGGCUUGGGAGGAGGCAGGGCAGCGGCUUGGGGGGAUGUCACAUUGGUCUUGUGAAUGAUGAAACAGACAAAAUGUCAAAUUAACGAGAUGUGACACAACUUUGCCUUAAAGAGUACCUGACUGGAACUUGUCGCAUAUGUUCAAGGAAGAUUUAGAGUAUUUGCUGAUGUUUACGAUUUUAAUAUUUCUGAAGGCCAUUAACAGUGGCCUGGAUAUGUGCUGAGAGCCAAACUUUUAAAUUUUUUGGUUUUUUAAACAAAGAAAUAUUUUAAAUAAAUCCUAUUUCAACAGUGAAAUUGUUGAAAACUAUCUCACGACGAGAAAAAAAAAACCUAGGUUUUUUUGUUUUAGUGGUCAGUAUUGGGGAAUGAGUACCUGCUGUUUCUCUUCUACUGUGGUGAAUACCAGAGGUUGGCGUCCAGUGCAGCGGAGGAAGAGGAACCUUGUGGGUGGAAGAUGCCAUUAGGAUUGAGGCGAGCGCAUCCGGGGCCUCGGGAGCUGUGGGGGCACUCGCGGGCACAGGCCGCACCGGCCCAUCUGCUCAUCUUCGUCGGUUCUCCUGAACUCCGGGUGGGCUCAGUGCCCCCUUGCUCAGACCUUUGGACAGACCCAUCCCCUGCCUCCCUAGUUUUCAUUUCCGGGAACAGGGAUGGUAGAAUGUACAGACCCACGUGGGCAGUGGGGCAGAACUGUUGACCCUUUUCUUGUUUUUAAGCAAACCCUCCAUUUUCUACCUUGUUUCUAGUAAUUAUUUCCUGGUUUAAUGUUGAAAAUCGGAAAGUCUGAAUGUUCCCCACUCCUCGUUGCUAAGGAGCACGGAGGGAAUGGGAGCCGGCGUGGACCGCGGGAGAUUAGGCAUUUGCACGGUGAGGGUGCCCGCCCCGCUGGGACCCACGGCAGGACACCAAGCCCCAAGGUGGCCCCUCCCUCCUGUCUGGUCACUUCUGCUUCCGCAGGGUCAGCUGGUCCCUGCUCAGCCCGUCCACCUUCGAAGCCUUCCCAGCCUCAUCUGCUGAGGUCCCAGCGUCUCUGACGAGCCCUCGGCCGAGGCCAGAGGGCCCUGUCGCUGCCAGGAAGGGGCCAGGAGUCUGCAGCCCCCUGUGACAGUCCCAGCUGUGUGCCCGAACAGGACUCUGGCUGGAGCCAUUGCAGUUUCUGUGGACAUUUUGUUUUUAGGAAUGAAGGAAAACAGCGCCGUUCUUGAGCCAUUCUUUCAUGUCAGUUCUACAAGAUUGCAUGUAACUUUAUAAAUAUUUUUAAGAGAUAUAGUUUUGUAAAUAUUUAAUAUUCUGCUAAUUUGAUUUUGAAUUGUAAAUGUCAAGUAUUCUGUUUUUGGGGUUUUUAUGUUUUAUUAUACUUUGUUAAAAAAAUUGUACAUUUUUAGAAUGUUUUUAUGAGUAAAUUUAAUGUACUGAAAAUUAAAAUGAAAAAAAAAAAACUGUUCCUUGGUUAUUUGUCACAGAAAAUGAAGCACAUUUUCCCAAUUACAAUAAUUUAUCUCCAAACUAGGGAGCCAGCCCUUCCUGCCUUCUUCCAGCCCCAGAAGGCACACCUGCCCGUAAGCCCACCCAGCUUGAUUCGAGACGUGCCCUGGGUGUCGGGGAAGUGCACGCACCCCCACACACAGCUGCACAGGCGUCUGAGUGCUGCAGGUCCCUCAUCCUCAGGCAUGUUCUCACUGUCCGCCUCCCCACACCCUCAGCUGGUCUGGCCGGGGUGGCAAAAGGGGCUGUCUGCCUCCCCACACCCUCAGCUGGUCUGGCCGGGGUGGCAGAAGGGGCGGGUGAUGUGAGGCGGCUGGGUUGGCUCCACACACCAGAGGCUGAAGCUGGAGCCAGAGGCCAGUUUCCUUUUCUUUUUGGUUUUGGGGCCACACCCAGAGGUGCUCAGGUCUGACUCCUGGCUCUACACUCACGGGACCACUGGUGGGCUCAGGACCGUAUGGGGUGCUGGGGAUCAAACCUGGCUUGGCCAGGUGCGAGGCAAAUAGCUUCCCUGCUGUGCUGGCCCGGGCUGGCCAGCCGGAUCUUCCGGCCUGUGGCUCAGCCUCUUGGGUCUUUGCACUCUCAUCCCAAAGCUGUCUGCCCGCCUUGCCCGCCCAGAUCUCCUCGGCGACCCGGCAGCCUGCCGUUAGGUGAAGCACAGCUGAAUCUCGGCCGUGACCCACCACAGACCUUCAGCUGUGCUGUCCUGCCACCUGGCCACCCCCAUGCCAGAGCCAGGCCACUGCUGUCCAGCAAAUGACCACGGCCUCACACUGACCAAACAAGUUCCGGUGAGUUUCUAGUGCCCGCAUUCACUCACCUAAGUUUGUGAGAAAUGUCUUGCUUUAAAGAUGCAAAAGCCCUGUUUUAAAACUUAAAAUGAUGGGGUUGGAGGCUACUCCACUGGGGAGGACGCCAGCAUCCUCCACGGCCUCCUGGAGCCCCGCUCCCAAACCAAAACUCAUCUUGAAGUUGCCUGCUCCCUCUGGGGACCAUCACCCCUCAGCAGGGUUUUUUAGAAAAACAGGUUUCUCCUGCGACUCUGGUGCUGUGGUUGUACGGUCGGCCCUGAUGAGUUCGUCUGAGCAAGGCGGGCUGCGUGCAUGUGGCGACGUCAAGCCAGCUCAUGUGCCUGCCGCCCCACCUCAGCUGAAACCACGUGGGCUCUCCAGGAGACCCCCACAAAACCAAAUGUGGGACCCAGGCGGGAGGUGCCCAACUUUAGCUAUGUCUCAACUGGAUUUCUUCACAGUGGAUGUGCACUAGCCAACGGGGUUCUGGGGGUUCCGUGGGCCCCUCCCGGUGGCGGAGCCCAGAGGGGAGAGCAUGCCCUCCGCACUCGCCGGGAUGCACCGCCCAGGAGGGACAGCGGCGCUUUCCAGGGGGCCUCCCGCUACCCCCCCCAA